AAUUUAAGAUGUCCGAUUUUUCCUAUCGUUACAGUUUUAAAAGACAUUUAAUAAUCAUGUAAAGACUACCACAAAUGGCACUAUUGCAAGUUGCUACCAACGUUGGGAGGUCACAUUCUCUAUAUGCACGUUCAGAUUCUGAAUUAGCGAAUUUCGACCUCAAAAAUAUUAAGCCUGCUAAAUCACUACAUAACAUCAAGGAGCAAAGAAUUGUUACAUUGAAUGUUGGUGGACAAAUUUUCAAAACCUACGUUGACACAUUACUGAGAGUAAAGUCUUCGAGGUUGACAUCGAUAGCCAGGCGUGCAUUGAACGUUCAAAGUAACUGUUGUGAUCAGGAAUAUUUCUUUGAUAGAAAUCCUGAUGUUUUUGCAGCCAUCAUAGACUAUUGCAGAUUUAAUAAGCUUCAUUUACCGAAAAAUAUUUGCUCUCUGUAUAUUCGCAAUGAAUUGGAAUUUUGGGGCAUAAGUGAAAGUGACAUAUCAAAAUGUUGUCAAAAAGCAUACUUUGACAACAUUGACGAUCUAAGAGUCAACGAAAAUUUGGCAUUAGAGUUUGCAGCAUUAAAACCGAAGCAAACAACAAAAUCUCAGAGCUGUAAAGAAAGAAUAUAUGAUGUAUUAUACUAUCCAGAAACAUCAGUAAUUGCAAAGAUUUGGGCUGUAGUGUAUUACAUCUUAGUCAUUGUAACAGUAUUUAACAUAUUUUUAUCAACGGUUCCAGAAUGUCGUGUACCCCUGGAGACUAACGUAAAGGUGCGAAUGCUGGUAACGACAGAGGCCGCCCCUGCCAUCCAGUAUAUCGAUUUGUUCUGUGUAUUUUAUUUUACAAUUGAAUUCUUUGCUCGAGUGAUCACUGUGCCGAGUUUAUGCCGCAUGUUCAGACAGUUCUUUACAUUCUGUGAUUUGCUGUAUCUGAUUCCCGUGUGGGUCUUGUAUAUUGUCCAAUGGUCUGAUGAAAAAUUCUGGAGACAACCUGAGAACAUCGUCGUCUUCCUGCUGUUAGAGUGUUGUAUAGUGGCCAGGGUCGUUGCUUUGUUCCGAGUUGCCAACCACUACAGAGGAUUGCGAGUGUUAGUAUUGUCAUUAAGAGCAAGCUUGGGUGAAUUAUUUUUGCUCUUCGUCUUCAUUAUCUUCGGAAUGGUCGUAUUUUCAUCUUUGAUAUACUGCGUAGAGAUAUUUAUAGUUGGGAACUUUGAGAACAUGUUUUAUGGUUUAUGGUGGAGUCUUAUUACCAUGACUACGGUAGGAUACGGAGAUACUGUACCUAAGUCGGGAUUUGGAUAUCUAGUCGCGUGUAUUUGUGCUAUGACUGGAAUCAUACUUAUUGGAAUGAUUGUACCAAUAAUAACGAAUAACUUUCACAAGUAUUAUGAAUUCCGCCAAUGCUUAAAUGACCCCGGACCUGGGGUAGGUGAAGAACUCCCAACAUUCAUAGAGUCGUCACCGAGAUCAGAAGAGAGGAAACCUUCUGGCAAUAAAACUGCCCCAAGUCCAGAGUAGAAAGAAGGUGUUGAUGAACCAGCUUUGGGGAUGGUUAAUUCGAAUGAAUUUUUAUUUUGUGUAAAUAAAUGUAAAUAAAUUAUUUUACGGUU